AUGUUAUUGCGAAGGAGCACCAUGCAGAUACUAUAUCUGUUGUGGAUACCCGCUGUCGUAAACGCCGGUCUAGCUCAGACGGAAGAUGUAAAUGUUGUUACCGUUGCUGAUGCAGAUUCUUCCCCAACACCCGCGGGAGAGACGACGGAAAAACCAGAGGGAAUUGCCGAAGAAAAAAAAACUAGCAUUUCCUAUGGUCCAAUAUUUUCAUCCAUCCAACAAUUUUUCACAAAUGUACUAGUACAGUGUUGA